CCCCUUCCAUAAUUUGAGAUGGAUUCCUUGAUGGUUCCCCAUGUGUGUGUUUCCGGGUUCGAGUAUAGUUCCUGGAGGCAUUGUAUGUUCAGAGGUUUCUCAGUUCUGGGCUUUCACCCUCACCGGUGCAGUCAGCUCUUUCUUGAUUCCUUCUUCAGAAUCAGGACCUUGCAUCUUUUAUGGAUUUGUCUUCUUUUGAAUGCUGGUCAGCCGCUUCAUAUUAGUUGCUGCGCGAGAUUCCUGAUUUACUCUGGCUUACAAGCAACCUUUACAUAUUUCUUUGGAGGUCUGGCAUGACUUUUGCUGUACCCAAAUGCUCAAGUCGAGUGAGGUGAGUUCGGUCUGUCAUGUAUUUUUGUGCAGUGCUGCCUUUGCACUACUUCAGGCUUGCAUGUUUGUGCCAUCCUUCCCUUAAGAUGUUGGCAGCUGCAUGUUCAGUUGCCUUCACUUUCUGUACCUGAUGUUGUGGUUCCUGAUUCAUGAACCACUAAGUAGUUUGUGAAUCUUGGGCCUUCGCUGUCCUAUUUUUCUAUGCUUUGUUUAUCUUGCUGUUUGUAUAUUAGGUUUACCCACCUGUCUGUUGGUCUUUUCAGGGUUAGGGUAAUCUACAGUCCAUUGCUCCAUGGGCCUCUUUAGAGUGGGCAGGUUUUGGCUUCUAGUCCCUGGUAGGCUUUUAUGACAUGCAAGGGCCUGGCAUUAAUAGAACUGGGUGGAACUUGCCAGGUAAGUAAGCACCAAGGAGCACCAAGGUCCCUUCAGAAAGUUGCAUUUCAUUACCUUCAACACCGGUAUUUUGAAAUGUUCAUGAAGUGCAAAUAUGUACUGUACAUAACCGACCUUUUCACUUUUAUCAAUAUCAGUUCUUCCUCAUCAUUAAACAUCCAUUGUUUUGUUCAAGGUAGCCCUUAAGUUCAUCUAUGGUAUCCCUUGACUCCACUUUGCACAGGCACUGGGUCGUUGUACUCCUCUACAGCUUCGGUUGACUACAUCACCAUGUUUAUUAUUUUAUCUUCAGUCAUUGUUCCUGUAGCUGGGAGGUCGUCAUCACAGGAAAGCAACUCAUCCUGUUAUUCCACAUUUAAUACUGCCUCUCUCCCUUCUGGGGACUCUAUAUGCUCCACAUAGGAACAUGGACGUGGAUACUCCUCCUGGAGAUCAAGACAGAAUUUGCAUCAAUAAUGAAAAUGAGAAAAGUGAUCACUAUAUGAUCACAUAAAAAACUAAAUUUUACUUUUAACAUAAAUAAUUAAAUUAUAUAAAAUAUAUACCUCAUAAUGGAAGGAUUGCACAUCCCGUACCCAGGAAAAUUUCAUAAAGUAAGCCAAACAAAUGCUGUUGGAACACAGACUCUUAUUCAUCAUCCUCCAAAUUUUUAUGGACAUUAUCACAUCCAAGAAAAUACAGUAUCGAUUAAGGAGCCAACUCACCUGCUAGAUGGUGAGAAGCCAUAUGAGUGUGAGCGAUGUGGUAAGCGAUAUGCACAAAAAAGCCACCUCACCAGCCAUAUGCAAUGGCAUACCAAGGAGAAGAACUUUGAAUGUAAAAUAUGUGAUAAGAGAUUUAGUAUGGAAAGUCACCUUAAUGGGCAUAUGCUAGAACACAGCAGAGAAAAAAAAUUUGAAUGUGAGAUAUGUGGUAAACGAUUCACAAUGGAAAAUUAUCUAACAAGUCACAUGCAUGUGCACAUUACCGAGAAGAAAUAUGAAUGUGAAAUUUGUGACAAGAGAUUUGCAAUGCAGAAUCAUUUGAACAGCCACAUGCUUGUGCACUGCAUGGACAGGAAGUAUGAGUGUGAAAUAUGCAGGAAACGAUAUACACAGAGAAGCCAUCUGAACAGCCAUAUGAUGAAACACAGUAAAGAAAAAAAUCACGAAUGUUUAUUAUGUGGUAAGAGAUACAACAUGGAAAGUCACCUUAAAAGUCACAUGCUUGUGCAUAAUGAUGAGGACAAAAAGUUUGAGUGUGUACUAUGUGGUAAGCGAUUUCACAUGGAGGUUCAGCUGAACAGCCAUAUGGUUGUUCAUAAUGAAGAUAGAAAAUUUGAAUGUUCUCAGUGUGACAAACGAUUUCCCUUGGAACUUCACUUGAACAGUCAUAUGCUUGUUCAUACUAGUGAAAAAAAGUUUGAGUGUUCAUUGUGUCAUAAACGGUUUACAAUGGAGAGUCAUCUCGUAAGUCAUAUGCUCGUGCAUAGUGAAAAGAGGUUUGAAUGUGAAAUAUGUGGGAAAAGAUUCAAUAUGGAGAGCCAUCUCAACAGUCACAUUCUUGUGCACACAGUUGAAAAAAACUUUGAAUGUGAGGUAUGCAACAAACGAUUUGCAAUGGAAAAUCAUCUUACAAGUCAUAUGCUUGUUCAUAGUGAAGAUAAAAAAUUUGAAUGUCAAGUUUGUAACAAAAGGUUUAAUAUGGAAUGUCACUUGACAAGCCACAUGCUUGUACACAAUGAGGACAGAAAGUUCGAAUGUGAAAUGUGUGGUAAGCGAUUCAACAUGGAGAGUCACCUUAACAGUCAUAUGCUUGUCCAUAAUGAGAAAAAGUUUGAAUGUCCGCUGUGCCCUAAACGAUUCAACAUGGAAAGUCAUCUCCGAAGCCAUAUGCUUGUUCACAAUGAAAAAAAGUUUUCUUGUAUGUUAUGUGCCAAACGCUUUCAUAUGGAGAGCCACCUGAACAGCCACAUGCUCGUGCACAGUGAGGAUAAAAAUUUUGAGUGUACUGUUUGUGGUAAGAGAUUCACUAUGGAAUGUCAUCUUAACAGCCACAUGUUAGUACACAGUGAAGAAAAGAAGUUUGAAUGUGAAAUUUGUAGUAAAAGAUUCAACAUGGAAAGUCACCUGAACAGCCACAUGCUCGUACAUAAUGAAAAGAAAUUUGAAUGCCCUCUAUGCAGCAAAAAGUUCAACAUGGAGAGUCACCUUAAUAGUCAUAUGCUUGUGCAUAGUGAUAAAAAUUUUGAAUGUGAUGUUUGUGGGAAGCGUUUCAGUCAGAGCAGUCAUCUUAAUAGCCAUAGAUUUAUGCACAGUGAAGAGAAAAAGUAUGAAUGUCAGGUAUGCAGGAAACGGUUCUCACAGGAAAGUCAUCUUAGUAGCCACAUGUUUGUGCAUAAUGAAGAGAAAAGAUUUGAGUGUGAUGAAUGUGGAAAACGAUUCGGUCAAGAAAUUCAUCUAAACAGCCAUAAGUUUACACACAGUGGAAAGAAAGCAGAGUUCCAGCAAUGGGGAAAGCAAGUGCAGAAGAAUCACAUAAACAGCCAUAAGUAUAUGAGUGAUGAGGAAAAAAAAUAUGCAUGUGAUGAAUGUGGAAAAAGAUUCAUUCAUGAGAAUCAUCUUAUGACUCAUAGGUUUGUACAUACCGAAGAAAAGAAAUUUGCUUGUGAGGUUUGUGGCAAGCGGUUUUCUCAUGAGAGCUACCUUUGCAGCCAUAGGUAUGUGCACAGUGAAAAGAGAUUUGAGUGCACUCAUUGUGGAAAGAGAUUUACACAGGAAAGUCAUCUUAACAGCCAUAGUUUUGUUCAUACUGAGAGGAGAGAGGAAUUUGUAAAACAGAUUCCAGUACAGCAGAAGGAUCAGAACAGUCAUGUAGUGGUGCAAAAUGACAAGAAACCAUUUGAAUGUGAUGCAGAUGGGAAACUGUUAAUUCAACAAACAUAUCAGCCACCAUAUGCUUAUGCUCAGUGGGAACAUGUACGAACAUUGUGGUCUCUGUAAUUAACAGUUGCAAAAAUUUUGCUAAAACAUUUUUAUUUAGCAGUAAUGAAGUGAUGUAUAAAAUUUUAUUUGAAAAUAUUUCUAGUUAUAAAGAAAUUUAAUUGAUUCUCUAAAUAAUAGAGUAAUUUAGAGUGAUUGUAUCAAAGAGGUUAGUGUGACAAGUGAGCACUAGAUGCGGAUUUAACAAGUGAGCACUAGAUGAGGAUGUAACAAGUGAGCUCUAGAUGCAGAUGCAACAAGUGAGCAUUGGUUGCGGAUGUAAUGAGUAAGCAUGUGAUACGGGUGUAAAAAGUGAGCACCUACUGUCAGGUUUGACAAGUGUAAGAUUGCAUGGUUGUUGUUCAGUAAUUUAUCACUGGAGGAUAUUCUGAAUAUUAAUGUGGAAUAAUUACUUAUUUAAGGUAAGAUAUUAGCUCUACUUUGCUACUUUGUGUAGGUUUCUUGUAGUCGUGUGUGUGAUUGUAUGUAACCAGGAGAGCAAAUCUAUUCACGUAUAAGGUCAGAUCAGGGAUAAAACUGAACUUUGUAGACUUACUAUGUAUAAUAUUUACACAAAUAUAUGUCACUUAAAACAACAACAACAUAACCUGUCAGGGACCAGGGGCUUGCCUGUUUGGUGGAAUUUGUUGCACCUUAAAUAUCCAGUUGAUUAGCAGCCCUUUCUUCAUAAUUACAGUACUAAGUUUUAACACUGCCACUGUUCAGCUGUUUGUUAACAAAGCAUGUUCCUUUUGGAGUGCCUGGUGAAUAAACAUUCCAGUGUGUAAUGCCUAUUCAUUUUGGCAGCCUGAUUCAUAGUACUCUUCCCAUAUUCGGCUACCAUAUGAGUAAUAUUGGUCAUUGGAGAGUAAUUUUGUGUUAAUAGCUAACUGAAUUCAUCCGGGUUAUUAUUUGGAAUAAAGCUGUUAGUCAGUGUCAUGUCCUAUUUUAGUUGCACCAAUACUGUACAGUAGAGUCGUAGUAAAUAUGACCUAAAUUGGCUUCAUAUGGCAACUCGAGUUUAGAAGUCAAAAUAUAACAAUUUGAGUGUUUUGGUCCACUGGGGGAGGCUGAGUGUCUCUAUAUUGGAGUCCGCUUUAGAGUACAAAUUUUAGUCACUUUACAAAGGUUGGCAUGUUCAAAAAUAAUUAAUUAAAUAAAGGAAAACUAAGAAAGAAAAUGAUCUAUAAUUCAGUUCAGAGUUAGUAAAUUUCCAGAGUACAACUUUGCCUCCACCAGCUUGUAGAAAUCAAAUUGGUUCACAAAUAUUCAGCCAAGUGAGGAAGAUAUACCCUCUGUCUCACUCGGUCUGUGAGUGAGCAAACCAAUGAAUGGAUUGGCUUGUAAACACUUACAGUCCGUGUACUGUAAGUGGGUUGCUUGCCUGUAUUGGUACUGUGUCCAUAACAAAAAGAAAUAGAGCCAGAUACUAUGCAGUCAGACAUCAACUUAUUAAAUAUAACAUGUACGGUAACUUAUUUUAUGUAAAAUAUUGAUAAGUGUAAUGUUAAGAAGUUCCAUUUGAAUAUACAGUAGUUUCCCCUGAUGUUCAGAAAGUGUUAUGCUCAAAUUCAUUUCAUAACAAGUGGAGAAACUCUUUUCUUCUGCAUGUUUUCAUUCUAACUCAGAAAGUGUAAAGUCACUUGACAAAAUAGGUAUUUCUUUGAAAAGAAAGUGAAAAUACAGUAUAUUUUAUGUAUGAAGUAGAAAACUGUUACUAUACAUAAAAUUAAACUUUUUUUUGUUUGUUUGAUGGAGGGAUGAUGAGGGGUAACCCUAAAGUUUUACAGUCAACUCAACUCUCCAAUACAAUUACAAGCUAAUAUUUCUAUAUUGCGGAUCACAUAUUGAUUUGCUUUUAUUUACCUUUUGCUUCUGCCCCAACUCAUUAAAUCUUAUUAAAUUUAUGGAGAUCUGCAAGCAAAAGACUAUUUUAAAUUAAAAUCUUGGGCAGGGUGCAACAAUUUGAAUAGAGUUCCUUCACUCUUUUGCACCUGGAGGAAUUAUGAGUCUGGAUGCAUACUGUUUGGCAAAUUACAUUCCGGAAUAAAACACUUUGGUUUUUGGCUUUAAAAUGAGCUAAGGUGCAAAACAUUUAAUUCUGCAAAAUCAAAACAACAAAAAUUAUCAAUGGUAGUGGAAAAACAAUAUUUUAAAACUCAAAUAAUCAUCAGCACUUUAUCACAUAAUGCAGUAUUUUGUCUUCAGGAAAGGUAAUCUGUUAUACCAGUACUGUACUGUAUACCAUUGUCCAAGGCAGGAAACUUGUUGGGCUUUUUGAGGUCCUUUUAGCCAAGGGGCACGCUGUUCGCAUGACCUGACCCAACAGUAUUGAUUCUAACUGACCAAAUGCUGAACACACUAUCCUCUGUGUUACACAAUGCUAAUGGUUCAUGAAUCUCCAGCCAAAUGUGUGAGAUAUUCAGUCUGUGCUAGUGAAUCUAGAACCAUGAAUGAGUUUGCUCGUAAAUGCUGUACUUCCAGUCCCUGCACUGUGAGUAGGCAGUUUUUCUCUACUGCUGACCAAAUCUAUAAAAAAAAUUAUAGAUCCAAAUACUGUACAGUCAUCAUCUUAUUAAAUUAAUAUAAUAUAACAUAAUUUAUGUAAACUAUAGAUACUGUAUAGGUAAAUUAAUCAUUUAGAAUUGUAAUUACAGUACAUUGAAACUGACAUGCAUUCAGACAUUUAACUUCAUAUUGUUUGUACUGCAUCUGGCAAACUCCUGUGUAUAAUCUGCUAAAUUGCAGCAAAUUGGACGUUCUGAUUAUUUUUACAAAUAUCAGAGGUGAAUAACUUGUAAAUUUGGGAUUUAUUACAUCAAUUAACAACCUUUUGUUUGGAAUUGUUUACAAGUAUUUCAUUUGUUUAUCUGUGUUUGUGUAGCCAUAUUUUCCUCUUGUUUUAAGCUCUACCCACUUUAGCACGUAACUCAAAACUGUUAUACCUCAUACUAAAAUAUAUAUGGAUGGAAUGCAUUCCCCCAGCUUGAAAAAUUUAGAAUAUCCUCUGAAUCGUUAAUCAAUUUAUUGGGUUUUCUCCUUCAUUACCUUUACCAUACUGUAUACAGAACCGAUAAUCUUCAUAAGAAACUUACUUUUUAACUUUCCGAGCAAUUCCACUAGGAUGCUCUCUUAAGAUAAGAUCAUGAAAUGUCCCAUCAGACAGGAUCAUGACAGGCAGGUAAGAGUGACAUUCUGCACUGUCACAAUAGUAAUCUUUUCAAAUGUUUCUAUUGGGUGAUACUGAUGCUACGGAGGCACUUCAGAAAAGCUCAACCAGAGGCACUUGAGAAAAGCUCAACCCAGCUAAGUGACUACAAAAACAAAGUAUUUCCAAGCCCUACUUGUCAUCACAGAGACCACCAAGGAGUGCUGUAACCAAACUACUAAUUUCCCACUUGCCAUCAGAUAAUCCCUACCCUGGAAACACAAACCGAAACUGUCUCUAUUUUCCGCUUGUUACAACUUGUAAUAAAGUUGUUACAUCUUGGCUUAACGUGUUUAUGACGUAUUAGAACGUUGUUACAACUUGCUAUAUUGGUUGUUAUAACUGGUUAGGAAGUGGUAAAACUUGUUCGAACGUUGUACCAACGUCGUAGUUUCGGUGUGUGUUUGGCGGGUAUUGCAUUCCAGAUCCUCAGCCUUACAAACCCUAUCAUAGUCUUCAUGGUGAUUAAAUUCUUUUCCCAGCUACAUUCCAGGUGGGUUUAGCGAGUUGCCUGCACUUGUGUCUUCCUUGGCAGCAGUUGCUACUUUGACCUAGCUGUUUACUCUCCUUUCUCUUUUUUUGCCUGCUGUAGUGGUCAACAUUUUAAUAGCUUGUUUCACUUACAGAUGCACAGUGUUAAGUCAGUUUCAGGAAUUUGUAUGUACUUCCACUGUUACAUUUCUCAUCCUUAUCAUUCCUGCUUUUCUUUAACGAAAGAUUUAGCAGGUCAAGGGUAGUGAAAACCUUUAUUCCAUUGAACCAAUGUUCCAGCUGAAAUUUGCUGUUUCCUCUACCUCUCGAGGGAGAUGGCAGGUUGUGUUUAUUUCUUUUGGAAUCUUGGUCUGAGCAGUGUUCUCAGGAGGCCAGUUAUCCAUGCAUGGAAAGUUGUUGCCUCUGACACUCCCAUAUUUACAAGUAGACAGUCCAUGCUUGUUUUAAUAGAUUUCUACUGGGAAAGCUUGUGACCACCCUUUCAACUGCCCUUUUCCGGUAAGCCUUACCGAUGGAAUAAUAUGGCAGUCCCCAUGAUGCAAGUUUUAUUUAUUUAUAUAUUUAUUUAUUUAUAUAUAUACAAGAAGGUAAAUUGGGAUUGUGAGGAUACAUAGCAUAGUAAUUACAUUCUUGUAAAGCCACUAGUACACGCAGCAUUUCGGGCAAGUAGGUCUUGAACCUCCAGUGUUCAUGAAUAAACUUUGUGUAGUUACUGCAGAGCUGGGUUCAGCUUUUCUCCAUUGCCUCCCUUGCAUCAAUAUAACCCAACAGGGAUGUUUAACUAUGAACCCUACUUUCUUGAGGGAGGGAUCAUAGUCAUUCAUUUUGGGUUCUUGCUUAGGGUGUUUAUAGUGAGCUGUUUUCACAUGAGCAGAUGAUUAUUGCCCCUACCACUCCCAAAAAUGUAAGUGAGCAGUCCCUGCUUAAUUUGGGAAAUUCUUGGUGGAGGCAACCUAUGGCUCUUUUACUAGCCCUUUCAUGGUAAGCACCACCAAUGGAGCAGUGGCUGGUUCAGCCAAGGUUCCCAGCACUUCUCUUUUAUAGCACUAAUUUUCCCCAAUUUCCCUCCCUUCUCAUGCUGAUGAUCAGCCCCUGGUGUUCCAUGAAUAGUUUAAGCUGCUGCUGAUUUUCACAUGUGGAGUUUAUAGAGAGGAUCUAUCACCAUUCUACCUCAUAAAAUAUUUUCAAAUUCCUCUUGCCACUAGUGCAGGAACCUUAUGCCAAACCCCUUUGUUUCUUAUUGUUGAGGCCACUAGGGUUAGUGGCCCUCAGGUAAAUCAGGUAUGGUACUGCUCUGGCAGGUUCUCUUUAACUCAGUUUUGGGUUAGACUUUUCAAGUCUCCCCUUUCUCAAACUAUGUAAUAUCUUCUUUCAAAACUGUUCACUUCAUUUGCCAUUGUUGUCAAUCUAUUUUCCCCACAGGAUGUUGGAGUUUUUGUUUCUUGACAGAUUUCAAGUACUGUAUCUAUGUCAUACAAGGACUUUACCCUAAGAUGCUCUUGUUUGCCUUAGGAAUGGAAAACUGGGCUAGUAAACAUCAUGCUUGCAUUUGGAGUCCUGGCUUUAGAUCAGUGGGCAUUUGUGCAUCUUCAUAAUAAUUAUAGCCUCUUGGCCAAAAUUUUACUUCUUCAGGCAGAGCACUAUUUUGCAUUGGGCCCAGUUUGUCUACAAUCAAGUACACCAUACACUGCCUGUUGCAGCCUAAUGUUAAUUACAGUCUCCUAGACAGAGUUAGGCUAUAUCACUCUUCCUUAAUCCUCACAUGCUGGUGCCCUGUACUAAGGUCUGUAUAUCUCAGCUUCACAUAGUCAUCAAGUUUGAGUAAUCUGCAGAUUUAUUGCAGGCUGCAUAAGCUUCAAAAGUUUGCCACUCACGGCAUUCUUCUUGUUGAUAUUCUAUUCUGACAUCGAAGCCCAAGGUUUCUGAUGGGUCAGUCACACCUUUGCUUCACAAUACCUUCCCAGGAUUCCUCAGCUGCACAAUUAAUAUGUUGAACUUUGAUUGCUCUUCAGACAAUGAGUGUACCACCUUUUGUGAACCAAGGGCCCUGCAAUAGCUUUUUGGGAACUCCUCUCUACAGCACAGGCUAGUUCCCAAUUCAUGUUCUUUGUAAUUUUAGCAGCAGCUUUGACCUUAGUCUUGCAUUAGGUGCCAUCUAAGUGUCUUUGUGCUCACAAAUCAAUCUUUGAAUGAAUGUGAAUUUAUAUCUGCUUUCUGAGCAUGACACUCAGAUGCUCCUGUUUCCUCUUGAGUCACUUAUUUCCCUGUAUACUAUUUUCUUUUUAUGUUAAAGUUUAAUGAAGUUUGAGGCGAGGGACUUGGUGAUAGCAAUGGUGCUGCCAUUUGGUCACAGAGAAGAAAAGUGUGGCCAAUUGUGAAAUUAGCAGUUUGACAAAAGUACUGUUUUUAAGUACUAUACUUUGUAAUGCCAUGUAGGGCUUGGAAAGGCUUUCAGUACUAUAUUUAUAAAUUAACUUUUUUUAGUCACUCAGGGCUGGGCUGUACUUUUUUCCAGUGCCCCACUAAAAUCAAUAUGACCUGAAAGAGAUGUUUGUGAAGAUCAUUGCUGUGUUGGUACAGAAUGUUAUGCUGCCCUUACUUAUGAUUAUGUACAAUGGGAAAUACAGUACAAUGGUCUUGCCUGAAAAAGCAUCUGAGUGCCUUUCUAAGAAAGUAGAUUUUCAAAGCCUGAUUUUUAUAACAAAGCAUUUGUUCAGCCACUAAUUCAUAUACAUAUUAUGUAAGUGGUUAUCAAGUGUACAUAAAGCAUAUAAUUACUUUCCUCGAGAUACUGUACAGUACAUAUGGCAUACACAUAAUUGACAUUGAGAUUUUGGGUAACUAAAUAUUUAUACUGUAAUUAAUGAGUCUUAAAUCGGGUUCUGAAGAGAGGUUGAUUUUGGAGUUCUGUGAUACUUUCAGUGCUAAUACAAGUCCACUGCAAAGAAAACAAGAAUUUCGUUUGGUCAAAAAAACUUCUUGGUAGUUGGUGAUCUGUAAUUUCCACAAAAAUAUAGGAUUAUAGGUACAUAUACCUUGGCAACAUUAAAUUAAUAUUGGCCACAUCUGAAUCUGAUUUUGUUAGAAUGUAAUAAGUUGUGUUUGUUUAUACACAACAAUUACAAAUACAGUACAGAGAUCAAAGUCAUGUCAUUCUACUAAUUACAUAUGAUCCCAUCAGCCCAAUGCUGUACUUCCCUUCAGCCCCAUAAUUUCCAUCACCCAAUACUUCCAAAUAGCCUCAUACUUCCCAUCCGCCCCACAGUUCCCAUCAGCUCCAUAAUUCCCAUCAGCUCCAUAGUUCCCAUCAGCCCCAUAGUUCCCAUCAGCCCCAUAGUUCCCAUCAGCCCCUAGUUCUGGGUAGUUUAUGUUGUUUCUCAGAGUGUGUUAAUAUGACACCGUUAGUCCAGAAGGGACCUAGAACGAUACACCUUCACGCUAGGACUUCACUUUGGGUACUUGCAUUGUGUAUAUGUUAACUUUUAUGUAAAAUAAGAAAGCGAACAUAUAGUACUGCUUAAUAAGAACGUAGGGACAAUUAGCUAGUUGGUGUAGUUUACAAACAACAAAAAAAUGUCAACUUUAUUGUUGCGGGAUGUUCAAGUACUCUAUUGCAUUAGCACAAAAGAUUAUUGUAAAUCAAUGAGCUAAAAACUGAGAUAAUUUAGAUUUUUAAAGUAAUGUUGUCUUGGCAAAAGAUGCUCAUUAUUUCACAUUAAUUUUACAACAAAAAUAAUUAAGACAAAGGCAUUCAUACCUGAACUUCCUAAAACCAAAGUAUAAUAAGUUUCCAUCUAAAGGUCUCUUUUAACUUGUGUACAUUACUUCUUAUGUUAAAUAAACUUUUUAUAUUACAUAGAAAA